AUCUAUAAAGUACUUGCUAGCCAAUAUGAUCCUCUCGGCUACAUUAUCCCAUAUACCACACGUGCAAAGGUAAUAGUACAGCGAUUAUGGGAAAAGAAGAGGGACUGGGAUGAUCCUAAACUACCUGAGAACUUAGUCAAUGAGUGGAACAGAUGGGCAGGAGAGCUCAGUGAUCUACAAAAGAUAGUCUUACCCAGAUGCUAUUGCAGUGCACCAAAGGAUGAUGUUUCAAGCAAGCGUGGGAUCCAUAUCUUUUGUGACGCAUCCGAGAGUGCCUAUGGGUCUGUUGCCUAUCUUCGAACAGUAGAUCAAAGGGGAGAAGUGGAGAUCACUUUCAUAGUGGCCAGAUCAAGAGUGGCUCCUAAGAAACGUCUGUCAAUACCUCGUUUAGAGCUAUGUGCAGCCCUGACAGGGGCCCAGUUAGCAAAGAUCCUGCAGAAUGAAUUGACUUUGCCCAUUCAUCAAGUUUUUCUUUGGUCUGAUUCCACCACAGUUUUGACCUGGAUUAAAUCUGAAUCCUGCCGAUUCAAGGUUUUCGUUGGUACACGAAUAACAGAGAUUCAGGACCUUACCAGCUGCUGGGAAUGGCGCUAUGUGCAUUCAGAAAGUAACCCUGCUGAUGACAUCACUCGAGGUAAAAGGCUGGCAGAACUUGGACCACAAAGCCGUUGGAAUACGGGACCAACAUACCUUCAACUCCCAUCUGAUCAGUGGCCGGUUCCACCGCCAUCCUGUUCCAUAGCUGGUGAUGAAUUGAGAAACUCUACAUUCUGUGGUCUGACUAAUACUGUAAUUCGUUUGUCUAUCCCUGAUCCAAGCCAAUUUCUGACCUUCCAAGAUUUAUUGACUGCAACAGUAGAAUCUCUUGGGGAACAUGGGAUCAAUGUAUCAGCUGAGGACUUUCAACAGACUGAAAUGGCUAUCCUUCAGCAAGCUCAAGGGGAAAGCUUUCCUUCUGAGAUGGCACAGCUUAUGGCAGGGAAACCACUACAGACCAACAGUCGACUGCUUUGCCUCGCCCCCGAACUUGACGCUGCAAGCAAACUCCUAAGGAUAGGAGGUCGUCUUCGCCACUGUGAAGAGAUUGAGCCCGAGUCGAUGCAUCCUAUUAUCCUUGAUCCCCGGCAUCCAGUCACUACCCUUCUCAUUAAGGAAUAUGACACGAAGCUAUUCCACCCAGGUCCUGAGAGAAUACUGGCGGAGAUGCGUAGGAAAUAUUGGAUUCUUCGGGGUAGGGAAGCAAUUCGACGUUAUCAGCGCAAAGAUUGUCCAGUGUGUCAGAAGUUUCGCAAAACCCCACAGAUACCCAGGAUGGCAGACCUACCUCCUGCCAGACUACGUCUAUUUAAACCUGCCUUCUAUUCGACUGGCAUUGACUGUUUCGGGCCAUAUUCCGUAAAGAUUGGACGUAAAAGUGAGAAGCGCUGGGGUAUUCUAUUCAAGUGCAUGACUACACGUGCUGUGUAUAUUGAUCUUCUCCCAAGAAUUGACACCGACUCCUUCCUGAUGGCCCUCAGAAGAUUUAUAGCCAGACGUGGGAAACCUUUUGAGGUUUUAUGUGAUCAAGGUACUAAUUUUAAAGGAGGGGAAAGGGAGUUGCAUCAGACAUAUGCUGAACUAGUUCCGGAGCUUCAGGAACAACUUGCCAGUCAGCAGAUUAUCUUUCGAUUCAACCCGCCUCAUGCCCCACAUUUCGGUGGGUGUUGGGAAAGGGAAAUUCGUUCCCUGAAACAGGCUCUACAGGUCACUCUGGGAACUCAACCAAUACCAGAGGAAACCCUUCAAACUGUGCUCAUCGAGAUUGAAGGGAUUCUAAAUUCUAAACCCCUGGGUUAUACAUCAUCCAAUGCCUCCGAUCCAGAUCCUAUUACUCCUAAUUCGCUUCUUAUGGGGCGGCCAGAUCACUUUUGGAAGCGGUUUAUCAAGUUCUAUUUGCCUGGUCUUCAGACUCGCAACAAGUGGCAGCGAGAGUCACCCGAUAUCAAGGUGGGAACUACUGUUAUGAUUGUGGACCCUCAAUUUCCCAGGGCCCUCUGGCCCAUUGGUCAGAUCUCUCAAGUAUUCCCUGGGUUUGACAAUAGAAUCAGGACUGUUGAAGUGAAAGUUAAGGACAAGUCUUAUGUGCGACCUGUGGCAAAGGUUGUACAGCUACCUGCGAUACCAGAUUGAAAUUGACUUGCCUUUUUAUAAUGUACAGAUUUCCACAUUCUUUAGAAAUCUGGGGGCGGCUGUUAAA